GCAGCGGUGCCGGCGUCGGCGCCGAUGCUCCUGCCGCUCUCGCUCUGCGCAGCAAGCUCGGAGCACCGCGUCGCGCCUGCUGAGCUCCAAACGUCGCCCGCAGCACGUGCGAGCGCAAGCCCGCAACCAUACGCUCCCGAUCUCGGCCGUCCGGGACGUUGCCCACGUCAGCGUCAGCCUCGGGCACGCCGCAGCAUCGGCGAGGCUCGUCUCCUCGCGCGGCCGAGGGCCGUCUCCAGCGCGCAGAAAGUGCAGGUGAACGCGCGCGCCGCGCCGGCCCCGCGGCUGCGGCGACGAGAAGGAGGUGGAGGCGCCACUCUAGCGCACCGGCUCGCCUGCCCCGCUCUGCUGCAAUUAAGCGCUGCUCAAGGGGCUGCGCGGUCGUCUUCGCUACCACCACCAUCACCUGUUUCAGCAUGCCUGCUCCGCGUCGCGUCUUCCGUGUCGAUCACGUCGGCAGCUUCAUCCGUCCCGACGCCGUGCUCAAGGCGCGCGCCGCGCACUUUGCCGGCGAGCUCGACGCCGCCGGCCUGCGUGCCGUCGAGGACGAGGAGAUCGCCAAGCAUGUGCGCCGCCUCGUGAGCGAGGGCGUGCAGUGCAUCACCGACGGCGAGUUCCGCCGGCAGUACUUCCACCUCGACUUCCUCAAGCACAUCGACGGCGUCGUCGAGCAGUUCAACACCCUCGAGCAGAAGGAGGGCCACAAGCCGCCCACGCUCGCCGUCACGGCCAAGAUCGCCUGGCCGCAGGGAGGCAUCGAGGUGCGCAACUUCGAGUUUCUCCAGAGCCUGCUGCCCGCCGGCGAGUCGCACCGCAUCAAGAUCACCAUGCCCUCGCCGACGAUGCUGCUGCGCGGCGGCCGCGAAGCGGUGUCGACCGAGGCGUACCCGGACCUCGCCGACUUCUACGACGACCUCGUGGCCGUGUACCGCGCCGAGAUCGAUGCGCUGUACCAGGCCGGCUGCCGCUACAUCCAGUUCGACGACACGAACCUCGCGUACCUCACCGACCCGACGAUGCGCCAGCAGCAGCGCGACGCUGGCGAAGACGUCGACACGCUCCCCGCGCGCUACGUCGCCCUCAUCAACCGUUGCAUCAGUCCGCGUCCCGACGACCUGACCACAGCGACCCACGUCUGCAAAGGCAACUACAAAUCGACGUACUUCGCGCUGGGCUCGAGCGAGGGCUACGCCCCGAUUGCCAAGGAGCUGUUCGGCGACUGCGACGUCGAUGCCUUCUUCCUCGAGUGGGAGGACGAGCGCCGCUCGGGCGCCGACUUUAGCGCGCUCAAGCCGCACCUGCCGGCGCACAAGAUGGUCGUGCUGGGCCUCGUGAGCACCAAGGUGGCCACGAUGGAGGACAAGGCGACGCUGGUGGCCAAGAUGCGCGCCGCCGCCGAGAUGGUGCCCGCCGGGCUCGAGCAGCUCGGCAUCUCGGGCCAGUGCGGCUUCUCGUCGACGGUGCACCCCAACGCGAUCGACCACGAGCAGCAGUUCGCCAAGCUGCGCCUCUGCAGAGAGGUCGCCGAGGAGCUGUACGGCCCGCAGUCGUAGGCCUCGCCGCCGGGGGCGUGAAUGCAACAUCUCGCGCAGGGCAGCGCCUUGCGCCCGCAGCCUCGACGCACACGUGUAUGAGAGUGAGAUCGCAGAGCCGGCUGAGCGGCACGCGCUGCUGCAUGCUGCCGCUGCGUCUGAGCGGCUGCGGCUGGGAGCAGCGCAAGCUGUACCAGCGCCGAAGCAACGUGCAGAACCCUGACUGCCGCAGCUGCGCCACUGACAGAAGCGCUGGCCUG